GGGUCGCAAGUGAUCAAGAAGACAAGACAAUCGCUGGGAUAUUAAUGCAAACUUGCGCAAAAACGGGAAAAGAGAAGCAAAAAAGACGCGUUUUGUCUCUCACCCCUUUGUUCUGUUGAACGGGGGUUAGUGGCUCAGACGUGUCUUGUCUGUGUGUCCCUUCCUGGGUCUCUCUUCCCUUGGCUACGGCGCUCCCUCUUCAUCUCCCAUCGUCACCACCUUCAUUUCUCUUACAGUUCACCCUCCCUCAUGCUAUCCACUUCGGCCUCUUCAUACCCUUCCACUCCGGGGCAACCGGCACAGUCCCGGCAGAACACACGCACUCAUUCACGUCUCCGCACCUCCAAGAGCGCAUUCUCCCUUGAGGGCCUCGGCUUUACAACUCCCAAGCUGCCGUCGUCACGCACCCAGGCAAGGUUGUCCGCUGUCGUCUCCAGCGAUCGCAUCCCCCAAUUCAGCAACGGCCACGGGAGGACCACAAGCCUCUCAUCCAGUACCACGACGCUUCCGCUCUCUCCUACAUCUCUUUCCUCUCCACCGCCCUCUGCAUCCAGCACCCUCCCCACAUCGCGCACGACCACCAACCUCCGUUUUUGGCGAGGAAAGAAAGGCAGCCCCAACCUUGCUCCGAUCGACGCACACACCUAUACAUCGCAAGAGCGAGGCAGGGCGUUUUCCCCCGAGCUUGCAGGUGUUCAAGAAGGCCCGAGUUCUCCCUGUUCCAUCAUAGUCAUCCAACCCCCAUCCCCAUCAUCCUCGCGCCCCUCCUCCCGCGCAUCCACAGCAAGCUUCCUUAGUACCGUCUCGUCCCGCCUGAUCCCUACAAGCACCCGCAAGCCAAGGACGAGGAGCAUGAGCCCCGUUGCCCGGCAAUCACCGCAGCUUGACGACGUCAUGGGGGAGCAUGGAGAGCUACCCAGAGAAAUCAGAAAGAGAUCCUGCAAAGGCGGGAGGGCAUCACCGAACCUUCCGGACGAGAUGGAUCCACACCAGCACCCGUAUGCAAGCGCAUACAGCAGCUCCAGUUCCAGUGGGAGCACUUCACGCCCGUCCGACGGCCGCAGACCGAGCGUCUCCUCCGUCACUUCCUCGGUUUCUGCCUACUCCCAGGAGGAGGACGCCACCGCCGCGUACGCACUAGGUGUCGGCCUAGGGCUGACAUUCCCCCGAACCAACUUGGCCUCGAGCUCCAACAUCCUCACUUCCACUAGGAAGAAGCGGAUGUCCCUUGCUCCCAGUACUGCUGAAAGCCUGGGAAGUAUGGGUAGUUCGAGAAGCGGCACACCGUCACUCGAGCUUCCUAGUCCGAGGAGCAGCAGCGUAGCUAGCUACAGCCCGCCCACGCCGGGUGCGGAGGGGGGCGUAUUCAGGGAUAUGCACACGAAGAGCGCGAGCAUCAACAGGAUUGGGAGGACGUGGGACGUACCCCUGGAGUUGGGCGGUCUCACUACGAGCGACACGGCGCGUACGAUAACCCAAGCCUCGCUCUCUGGUUCUCGGUCAGGAGUAGCUCAACUCAGCAGCCGAGCCUCCAACCCCGCUCUAACGCGCUCAACAACAAGCGCGGUUCACACCCCAAAAGCGACUACACUGAGACGCCUGCCUUCGCUCACUUCUCCCACAUUCCCGCUGCGCCCUGUAGCCGGGUUUUCUGCCCGGCCAGGAAGUCCCGCUAUAUCCGCAGCGGCUAGUCUGAGCUCUACGACGCCUACUAGCACCCUACCACGUUCGCGAACGCUAACGAGGAGCCUGAGCAGGAAACGGUCUGAUUCGAUCCUCACUCCCGCCAAAGCUCCCCCAGCAGGGCCACUGCCUUCCGUUCCCCCGGUUCCGAAGGUCCCUGCUCUCCCUUCUCCAGCUCUUACCCCCGCCCUUCUUUCGAGCAAGGACACGCCCUCCCCUUCCCCAGCUACUCCAUUCCCGGAAGCAGACAUGUCAGAUCUGCUCGAACGAUUCCCCCUCCCUCCGGGGUCGAAACGGUUCUCGGGAGAGUCGGAUAGUUCCAUCCAGUCCCAGCGAUCGGGCAAGUCACAGCUCUCAGUGCAGUCUGAGGUGUCGGAGGAAUCUGAGCUGCUUACUCCUGGGACGACGCUGGACCUCACCAGUCUCCCGCCUUGGGAACACGUUUCCCUCUUUUCGACGGAUUAUGCUGAGCCUGUCCCGCCCUCCCGGCCCGCUCCUCAGUCUCAGCCCACCCAGCCUCCUGCGCGUUCCAACUCCACAUGGAAGGGGAAAUACGUUGAGGAUGUGCUGGAGGAAGAGAGGGAGGUGCAUCCGUUUGCCCGGAGCGGGGCGACUGGGAUUGCGAGGACGAGACGACAGUCCCAGUUGGCGUAUUUGUGAGCUUCGCAUGGGCGCCCUCUCCAUUUGCGCCCUCUCCAUUUGCGCUCUCUCCAUUUGCGCUCUCUCCAUGAAUGAGACACCCUGUUCUGUUCUGUUCUCUUUUGUUCUAUGGUUGUGCGGUUAUGUUCAUCUUGUCCCAUUUGUUUGUUUGUUCGCUCAUCUUUCAUUCGCACACGGUCUUUCGCAGCACAUGAACCCGUUGAUCUUUGCAUCUUUUGCAUUCUUGCAUUUUUAUCGUUUUAUAGUUUACAACCCACCCCGAACCAAC